AUGUUGAUGGCCAGUCCAAUUCGAAGUAAACGCCGAACUAAACUAACUGCUCCAGCUAAUUCAACAUUUUCUAACUGCGUACAAGAUCAUUUGUUCGCUCAACCGUUACGAGGAUCACUUGAUCAAUUCAAACCUGUAGUCUAUUUGGAUGAACAUGGUCGUCGACAUGGCCGUGUCAGCGAUCAUCUCUUACAACGACAGAUUGAAAGCGAUCGACUGAAAUUAAAAAAACAAUCAAAAGAAAAAGUGCCACCAUCAUCCACGUUGUAUGGCGUUCGAAAUCCGAAUAUUGUUGCCUUAGUCAAAGAUGUGCCUGUUGACAACAAAGACAGUAAUGAUGACGAUGAUGAUGACAAUGAAAACAAUCCGCCAAUUUCCAGUGAUGAAGUGAAAAUGAUCGAAUAUAAGAAACCUUCGAGUAUUCGAACAUCAGCAACUAAUAAACGGCAAACUUCAUCGACCAGUGGUAAACAAUCAGUAAAAUUUGAUAGUACGUCGUUCGGUACGAUGUCAAAACUUGCCGAUAGUCAUCUAACUGGAUUAGAUGAUGCUAAUACGGUUGAAGUAGAUGACGAAGAAGAACUUCAAUCGGAUAAACCUGUGAAUAUUCCUGACAAAAAUCCGCAACAGCAGGUUACUAAAUCACCAUUAAAUUCUGCUGAUAAAUCUUCCACACCAAAGAAUAAUGAUACGAUCACAUCAACGAACCCGUCUCGUGAAUCACAACGAACACACAUGCCACCUAGCGUUGAAGACAUCAAUGAUGUGGAAGAACAACGAAAAUCCAUCGAUCGAGUUUCUUCAUCUCGAGCUACACAACGACAAAAGUCAUCGCCCAUGUCGAGCAACAAAAAAGAAGAGCGUAUAAAAUCAUCCUCAUCACGUCCAAAAACCGCUUUUUCGUCGCGAUCUCGCACUGGAACAGAAGAAGGUAAAUCAUCACGGCUCUCGUCUGCGUCCAGUUCAUCGAUCAACACGUCCGCCUUACUGCGUAGUGAGAAUGAUUCUCAACACUUGUCAGACGAAGAUUUGAAUGACACUGAGGGGCAAAUGCUUCCUGUUGAAACUCCAGUUAAAUCAGAACAUACAUGUUCAGUUUUCAACGAAACGCUAGAAAUGUUUGAUGAACAACCCAUUUCACCUGAACCAGUCAAUGCAUUACAAUUGAGAAAUGCAAAAGGUGAAUACGAUGCGAGUAAAGUACUUCAAUUGCGCGAAUCAUUUCAACCAAUUAUCAAUGAAGCAGCAUCAUAUGGACAUCGCGAUGUCGUUCGAGAGUUGAUUGAGGGCGGUCAAAGUGUACAUACACAAAAUCUUUUGGAACGUACACCAUUGCAUGAAGCAUCUGCUAGUGGUAAUCAUCAGCUAGUUGCCGAACUGCUGAACAAUGGUGCGUUGAUUGACCAACGAGACGCUCAAGGAAUGACAGCGCUACAUAUUGCUGCUAGUCACGGAUCGACAAAGUGUGUGCGGGUACUAAUCGAAAAAGGAUGUGAUAUCAAUGCUCAAGAUAAUUUUGGUCGAACACCUGCUCAUUACUGUGCAAUGCAUAAUCAUGUGGAUGCCUUUAAAUAUCUGAUAAAUGCUAAGAACAUUGAUCUAACUAUUGCUACGAACGAAACGAAAUUAUCGAUCCAUUAUGCUGCUAAAAAUGGUUCUAGGAGUGUACUCAAUUUUUGUUUUCAAUCAAAAUUAAUGAUCGAUGCGACAGAUGCUCAUGGAAAUACGAUUGCACAUGAAGCAAGUGAAUACGAUCAACUUGAUUGUGUUCGAUUGAUAUGGAAAAAUAAACGAAAUUUAUUUACAUACAAAAACAAUCUUGGCCGAACGCCAAUGCAUAUGGCAGCUCUGUUUGGUGCAGCGAAUGUUUUACAUUGGCUAUUAGAAUUGAAGAUAAUCGACAUUGAACAAGCAGACAAUGAUGGUUAUACCAUGGCUCAUCUCGCAGCUAGUCGAGGAUAUGGAACAUGUUUUGCUUGUUUAUUGAUGCAUAAUGCGCCUCUUGAUCUGUAUACAUUCGAUCGGCAAGACUCAGUUAUUGAUGUCGCUCGACGCAGUGGCAAAAAUAACCAAAUCGAACGAGCUCGUAUUGGCAUUAUCCGCUGCCGUCCUUGCGAUGAAAAAAUUGCGAAAGAAAAAUAUGACCAAACUCAUGGGCGCACUGCUGUGGAACAAUUAAUUCACACUCAGAUCCAGCGCGGUUAUAAUCUAAGUGUACCUCCUACUCGUUCGCCAAUUUCCAUAAGUGAACCCAAUCAUUCGUCGACUUGA